AUGUGGCGCAAAGGGAGAAGGAGGAAGAUGAUGUGCUGGAUGAAGAAAACUAUGACCCGACCUGUCCCCAGGUCUUAUAUACGACAGCACAAAAGAUAA